AUGUCGAACUCAUCUAGAAGAAACGAUAACUCUGUAAGUGAUGUUACUGAGAAGGUUAAGUAUGAUAUCUCACAAGGUUAUGUUAAAUUACUUACCUUUAAUACAUGGGGUUUGAAGUACAUUUCCAAAUUCCGUCAAGAGAGGUUGUGUGCUAUUGCAGAUAAGUUGGCAGGUUACGACAAUUUCUUGCAGCUUGUGGACUAUAGAGACAUAUCGGACAAUAACUACCAAUCAGAUGAAGAUCCAGAUGACUAUGAUAUCGUUGCAUUGCAAGAAGUAUGGUGUAAAGGAGAUUGGGAUUACAUCGUUGACCGGUGCAAAGGAAAAUACCCUUAUUAUCGUUGGUUUAUGUCAGGUAUGAUAGCUGGUCCUGGAUUAGCAAUCCUUUCUAAGAUACCGAUAGAGUCCACUUUCCUUUACCGGUUUCCAAUAAAUGGCAGACCCAGCGCAUUUUGGAGAGGUGAUUGGUACGUCGGAAAGUCUAUUUCUAUCACCUUGUUGAAACCAACGUCUCCCAAUGUCGCUCCAAUCUGUGUGAUGAACAGUCAUAUGCAUGCUCCAUAUGCCCUAGAGGGGGAUGAUUCGUAUGAAUGCCACCGUACGUGCCAAGCAUGGGACUUCAGUAGGUUGGCUACCAUAUAUCGUAAAAGUGGUUAUGUUGUGAUUGUGGUUGGUGAUUUGAACUCAAGACCAGGCUCCCUUCCCUAUAAGCUAUUAACCAAGGAAUCUGGUUUAGUCGAUUCAUGGGAGCAAUUGCAUGGCCCACAAGAUUUACAAUACAUUUCUAGGUUGCUACCAAUGGAUCAAAUAAAAUAUGGUGGUGUUACAUGUGAUUCUACAUUAAACACAUGGAGAGCCGAUAAAGGUCCUCAGGACGCUUGCAGACUAGACUACGCGUUGAUAGAUCCAACUAGGUUACAAGUCAUAAAAGCAUGUGUCAAGUUUACAGAAAGAAUCCCUAACGUUGGAAGCUUCUCCGAUCAUUUUGGCUAUAGUUGUACUUUUAAAAUUUUGCCAACCACAGAAAACAAGCCCUCCGAAACUUUGACUAGAAAUGAACUGUUAGCAAGAAUAUCGAUAUAUGAAAAUAUCCUCCAGCUGAUAUAUACCUAUAUGUCCACAGCAAAAUGGCAGCAAGUAUGGAGGGCCGGCCACUUCUGGGUAUCUGUGACUGUCCUCAUAAUAACCACAGUAGUAGCUACUGUAACCUCCAUGAUAGUUGGAUGGGCCGCCAUUUUCUGGGUAUUAUUUGCAAUUUUGAUUACCGGAAGUGGUCUAAUGGACGGCUUGAUUAGUUUCUUGUUUGGUAACAGUGAGAUAAGGGCGCUAGAAGAGGUUGGCCAAGAAGUUCGUGAUUCUAAAAGAACUAUGCAGUCUGCCCUAGAUGACAGUUCAGCUUGA